CACCCCGCCGCCGAGCCGAAGCUCCCUCCGGCCUCCCUGCCCGGGCCUCGCGUGAUGUCGUGAUCCCUUGGCGGACGUGCGACCAGGCGGGCAGCGGCGGCGGCGGCUGCUGCUGCUGGGCGGCUGCUGCGGCUGCUGCUGCCGAUGGGGCUGCUCCGGAUUAUGCUGCCGCCCAAGUUGCAGCUGCUGGCCGUGCUGGCGUUCGGCGUGUCCGUCCUUUUCCUGGAGAACCAGAUCCAGAAGCUGGAGGAAUCCCGAGGGAAGCUUGAGAGGGCUAUUGCAAAACACGAAGUCCGAGAAAUUGAGCAGCGUCACACAAUAGAUGGCUUUCGGUCAGAUGUUGUUCUGGAUGAAGAUGAUGAUGUGGUGAUCAUUUAUAACCGAGUACCUAAAACUGCAAGCACGUCCUUUACAAACAUUGCAUACGAUCUUUGUGCACGGAACAAGUACCAUGUUCUGCAUAUCAACACAACCAAGAACAAUCCUGUGAUGUCUCUGCAAGAUCAAGUACGAUUUGUGAAGAAUGUAACUUCCUGGAAAGAAAUGAAGCCAGGGUUUUAUCAUGGACAUAUAUCCUUCCUGGAUUUUGCAAAAUUUGGUGUUAAAAAGAAACCAAUAUACAUCAAUGUCAUAAGAGAUCCUAUAGAGCGGCUGGUUUCCUAUUAUUACUUCCUGCGCUUUGGCGAUGAUUACAGGCCUGGACUCCGAAGACGAAAGCAAGGGGAUAAAAAAGUAAAAACAUUUGAUGAAUGUGUAGCAGCUGGAGGCUCAGAUUGUGCCCCUGAGAAACUCUGGCUUCAAAUUCCGUUCUUCUGUGGCCACAGCUCUGAGUGCUGGAAUGUGGGAAGCAGAUGGGCUUUGGAACAAGCCAAAUACAACUUGAUUAAUGAAUAUUUCCUAGUGGGAGUUACUGAAGAGCUUGAAGACUUUAUUAUGUUGCUGGAGGCAGCUUUGCCCCGCUUCUUCAGGGGUGCUACAGAACUAUAUCGCACAGGCAAGAAGUCUCAUCUUAGGAAGACAACAGAAAAGAAGCUCCCCACAAAAGAAACCAUUGCAAAGCUGCAGCAGUCUGAAAUAUGGAAAAUGGAGAAUGAGUUCUACGAAUUUGCACUGGAGCAAUUUCAGUUUGUCAGAGCACACGCCGUCCGGGAAAAAGAUGGAGAGUUGUACAUUCUGGCACAAAACUUUUUCUAUGAAAAGAUUUACCCUAAAUCGAACUAAGGAUGAUGCGUCUUUUUAGGCUAGGGACUAAACCUUUGGGCCACAUUCUUAUUUUCAGCCCCAACGUGUAGAUUGCUGAUGCACCAGCUGAGGCACCUCGGUCCUUGAGCUCAGUAAAAUGCAUUGGGGGUUCCUCAAAGAAGAUGGCUGCUGACCAGAUACGUUGGUAAUCCAAAAGUAUAAACUUCAGUUUAAUCUCAAAGAAGGCUGCUCUUCAACUCCUGCAGAAGCCUACAUACACAUUUACAGAAACUAACCACUUACCAAUUACGUUGCUGAAACGAUAAAGAUGAAAGGCUUCCCUUUACGCUCUUUUUGAUUCAUAGAACAGCUUAUUUUAGUUAACCUCCUGGGAAGAGGAAGCUGUUGGUUCCCUAGCUUCAACAUGGAGAUUUGGGUUGUAUACGUUUAUGAAUAAUGUUAAUAACCGGCUGACAUCUGUGCUUUGUUCUUGUGAAUUCAUAUCACAUGAAUCAUGUUCAAUCAUGUUCUGCUGAGAAAUGCUGCAGCUGGACUUGCCCAUGUUUUAUCAGUGUGGGGUUUUCAUUUUAAAGAGCUAAAUUGAUCAUCAGUGUGUUUGAAAAUUCGAAUUCCAUAGUGAUCUUGUCAGAACGCAGAAAACCAAGGCAGUGUUUCUUUAAUAUUCUCUGCACUUCCAACUAAUGUUGGGAAAACACCUCUUCAGAAGCUGGCUUUUGCCUGCACAUCAAUAUAAAACAAAUAGUGAAUUCUGUAUCCUUGUUCCAUAGAUUCUUUGUACUUUAAAGAACUACUGGUGAAUCCAUAUUAUGACUCAACUAGUGAGCUGUGGUAUGGUUAGGGGUUUCCUAUUUAGAUACUUUUACCUGUAGAAUAUUUUUACUAAGGUGCUUUAUAAUGUGUUUUAAAGCAUUGCAUUUGAAAAAAAAAAGGAAUAAAAUGCUGUAAAUAAUGCAUAUUUUAUGUAUUUGGGCCAAAAGGUUACGGAUAACUAGUUUCACACAUUUUUGCACCAGUUUUGCCGUAUGUGAAGUAGAAGCAUCCCACCUGCCGUUCAAAUUCCAGUUUUGAGUUAACUCUUGGACAUUGCUGAAAUGCACUUCAGUGACCUCAACAACUUUAAAUACACAGUGUGUCUGUCCAGGAGUCCCCUUUGCAAAAAAAGAGAAAGAAACACCCUCCUUAAUCUGCAUCCUUUUAUCAUGCUUAAAAGGAAAAGGGAAACGGAUGCCUGUGGCCUGGCCAAAAGAGAUACAAAGAAAUUGACGUCAAUGUGUUCAGAGCACUGCUUUAUGUUACUUCAGUAAAUGUGCAUUUGCCAUGA